AUGGGGACAGAGGUUGUCAGCUGUGCAUCUGCAUAUCAGCUGCUGGAUGGGAAUAAAAAGCACAUUCCUGCCCCAACCUAGCUCUAGUCCGAGCUCCCAGACGGGCGCAGAGCUCUCAUGGCGCUCUGGGUGAUUCUCCUCUGUACCUUGAUAGCAUCGCUGCUCGGUGGGCUCUACCUCCUGGGUGUGUUUCGAAGACGGAGACCCAAUGAGCCACCUCUGGACAAAGGUACCAUUCCCUGGCUGGGUUAUGCACUGGAUUUCAGAAAGGACAGUUCAGAGUUUCUAAAAAGGAUGCAGAGAAAACAUGGGGAUAUUUUCACGGUGCUGAUCGGAGGCUAUUAUUUCACCUUCGUGAUGGAACCCUUCUGCUUUGGAGCCAUCGUGAAGGAAUCACGAUCUAAACUAGACUUUAGGACUUUUGCACGUAAACUGGUCCUGCGGGUUUUUGGCUACAAGCCCAUCGAAGCCAACCAUAGCAUAAUUCACGCAUCGAGCACAAAGCAUCUGAUGGGAGACGGUCUCACUGUCAUGACACAAGCCACCAUGGAGAACUUUCAGAAGCUGAUGCUUUUCAAUCUGAGCUCAGGAGAGGAGAAGCGAGUGUGGCAAGAGGACAGCCUCUUCCACUACUGCUACAACAUCGUCUUCAGAGCCGGGUACCUGGCUCUGUAUGGCACUGAGCCACACCAAGGGGCAGGUAACAAGGAGAAAGCUAAUGAGCAAGAUCGCAUCCACUCCAACCAGCUGUUCCACGAGUUUCGGAAGUUCGACUGCCUCUUCCCUCGCCUGGCCUAUGCUGUGUUGCCUCCCAAGGACAAAAUAGAAGCUGAACGGCUGAAGAGGCUCUUCUGGAGCAUGCUGGCCGUGAAGAGGAGCUGGCAGAAGGACAAUAUCAGUAGAUGGAUAAGUGAUCAAGACAAGCUUCUGGCAGAAAAUGGGGUCCCCGAGUACAUGCGGGAUCGUUUCAUGUUUAUGCUCCUCUGGGCAUCCCAAGGCAAUACGGGCCCAACUGCCUUCUGGCUCCUCUUGUACCUGAUCAAACAUCCAGAAGCUAUGAAGGCUGUGCAGGAUGAGGUAGAUAAAGUCUCAAGGGAGAAUGGCCAGGAAGCGAAGCCAGGAAGCCCACCAAUUAACAUCACCAGGGACAUGUUAAACCAGACUCCUCUUCUGGACAGCGCUCUGGAGGAGACCCUGAGGCUGGUUGCAGCCCCAAUGCUGGUCAGAGCUGUCCUCCAGGACACCAGCCUUAAGGCGAGCAGCGGGACAGAGUACACUCUCCGCAAAGGAGACAGGGUGGCUCUGUUCCCACACAUCUCUGUGCAGAUGAACCCAGAAAUUCACCCCGAGCCUCACAAAUUUAAGUACGACCGCUUCGUAAACCCAGAUGGCACCAAGAAAGAUUUCUACAAAAAUGGGAAGAGGCUGAAAUACUUCAACAUGCCUUGGGGGGCAGGAGUAUCCAUCUGCCCCGGGCGGUUCUUCGCUGCAGCUGAAAUUAAACUCUUUGUGUUCUUGAUGCUGAGUCACUAUGAGCUGGAGCUGGUCAACGGAGAAGAGGAGAUCCCGGCGAUAGACGUCAGCCGCUGGGGAUUCGGGACGAUGCAGCCUGUUCGUGACGUGCGGUUCAGAUAUCGGCUACGCUUUUAA